AUGUCAUCCCCGGCCUCUGCUUCAUCUUCGGUGGGAGAGGCUUCCGCCUCUUCGGCCUCGUCCUCAGCUCGGCGGGCCUCAGCCACUCAAGUUCCCUGGGUUGAGAAAUAUCGCCCGCGUCGCGUAGAGGACAUGGCGCACCAGGAGGAGCCCAAGAAAAUGCUGAGGCGUAUCUUGGAGACCGGCAACAUGCCGCAUCUUCUUUUCUACGGCCCGCCAGGCACGGGGAAGACCUCCGCAGCGUUGGCGCUCGUGCGGGAGUUGUUUGGGCGCGAGGAGGCGAAGAAUCGCCUGCUGGAACUUAACGCCUCAGACGACAGAGGCAUCAAGGUCGUCCGCGAGAAGAUCAAACAGUACACAAAAACAAACAUCUCCAAGGGGAAGGUCAACCCGGAAACGGGCAGGGAGAUGCCCCCCUGGAAAGUCGUCAUUCUUGACGAAGCAGACAUGAUGACUCAAGACGCUCAGUCCGCGCUCAGACGCAUCAUGGAGGCCUUCUCGCGGACGACGCGGUUCAUCAUCAUUUGCAACUACGUUCACAAAAUUAUCGACCCUAUUUUCUCGCGUUGCUCCCCACACCGUUUCGAGCCUGUCGCCCGGCCAGCUCAAGAAGUCCGUGUGAGGCACAUUUGCGAAAGCGAAGGCAUUCGCGUGACGCCCCAAGCGGUCGAUGCGCUGCUGCGGAUUUCGCAAGGCGACCUCAGGCGCGCGGUGACUCUUCUUCAGUCAGCGGCAAGCAUCUACGACGAAGAGCUGAGCGAAGAGGCCAUUCUCGAAGUCGCGGGGCAACCUCCCGCGCGCGUCAUCACAGACCUCCUUCGGGCCUGUGCGGUCUCUCCUGACGAGGCGAGCGCAGAGGUCGAGAACGUUAUCAGUCAGGGCUGGGACGUCUGUCUCAUUCUGCAGGAGAUGAUUCGCCAAGUCGUUCUGUCCCCGCAGCUCAAGGACCUGCAGAAGGCCCGCGUGGUGAACGACAUUGCCCAGAAGGAAUUCGCAGUUUUCCAGGGCGCGAGUCCGUACUUGCAGCUGCUGUCGCUCUCUCUGAGGAUACACGACUGCCUCGCGGCGGCGUGA